AUGUGGGGCAACAGUCACCUAAGGAGGUUGGAAGUGACAAGAAAGGUCAACUGCUAAGGUCCUCCUUCUACGAUCAGAAUGGCAGAAGAGUGGGGAAAACAGGCAUUUGCUGCCAGGCGGUACAAUGAAGAUGCAACACAGAGCGGUGGCUUUGCUUACACAAACAGCAAUCAUACCAGAGGUCCCUUUGAGGGUCCAAAUUACCACAUUGCUCCGCGAUGGUGUUACCACAUUUCAACACUGUGGAUGACCAUAGUGGUUGUCGCAUCACUCUUCACCAACGGUCUCGUCUUGGUGGCCACAGCAAAGUUCAAGAAACUCCGUCACCCUCUGAACUGGAUCUUGGUAAAUCUUGCAGUUGCUGAUAUAUUAGAGACAAUUCUUGCCAGCACCAUCAGCGUAUGCAACCAGUUUUUUGGUUACUUCAUUCUGGGACACCCAAUGUGCGUCUUUGAGGGCUACACUGUCGCAUGUUGUGGUAUUGCUGGUCUCUGGUCCCUCACUGUCAUCUCCUUUGAGAGAUGGAUAAUUGUGUGCAAACCCUUUGGAAACGUCAAGUUUGAUGCCAAAAUGGCCAUAGCUGGAAUAGUGUUCUGCUGGGUUUGGGCAGCGGCUUGCACUGCUCCCCCCGUCUUUGGAUGGAGCAGGUACUGGCCUCAUGGACUGAAGACUUCCUGUGGACCUGAUGUAUUCAGUGGAAGUACAGACCCUGGAGUCCAGUCCUACAUGAUUUUUCUUAUGAUUACAUGUUGUUUCAUUCCUCUGGGCAUCAUCGUUUUUUGCUACCUUGCAGUAUUUAUGGCUAUCCAUUCAGUUGCUAUGCAGCAGAAGGAAUCAGAGUCAACCCAGAAAGCUGAGAGAGAAGUAUCCAGAAUGGUCGUUGUCAUGAUUGGCGCAUAUUGUUUCUGCUGGGGACCUUACACUACUUUUGCCUGCUACGCUGCGGCUACCCCUGGAUAUGCCUUCCAUCCUCUGGCUGCUUCCAUGCCUGCAUACUUUGCAAAAAGCGCCACCAUCUGGAACCCAGUUAUAUAUGUCUUCAUGAACCGACAGUUCCGUUCAUGUAUCAUGCAACUCUUUGGCAAAGAAGCGGAUGAUGGCUCUGAGGUAUCCACAUCAAAGACAGAGGUCUCCUCCGUGGCUCCUGCAUAAAGCUGUUGAUGUCCUCCCUUUUGGAAAAAACAACAACAGAGAACCGAGAGAGAAUUAUGAUUUGUACAGUAAAUAUGAAUAUAUGAAUAUAAAUAUG